GCGCAUGCCCGACGGGUUUUACGCUGAUCUUGGGUGAUCCCAACUUCCGGAGAAAGAGGAGAAGUCUCUCACACGAUUACCCUGACUAGGCCUAUCGCUUCUCACCUGUAGGCAGCUGUGCGGUGUCUCGGCGAUGACCAUGGUCCUAUGAUUGACAAUUUCUAAGCUAAUGACCUUUUUAAGGAUUUAGUAGGCGUCACUACACACGCCGCUUUGAGUAAACGCCACAUCGUUAGAGCCACCGGUUUGAGCGUUACCCCGCGACUGCCAGCUAGUUAGCUAGCUAAAGACGAAGCUAGCUAUUAGCCAAGCGAGCCCCUCUAAAUUAGGUCCUGGUGUAUAUUUCAAGAUGUCAACUGCGGGGUUUAACUCCCAGAAUGGGACAGGACAGACCUAUGCAAAUGGUCCGUCACAGAAUCCAGUUGCCCCGCAUCAGCUGCCAGGGGUCGGCUAUGGCUCGACCCCCCAACAGACGUACAAUCCAAUGCAGGCCAAAGCUUCCCCGCUGCCUGGCCCACCCGGACCCUACCCCGUCUGUUCCUACCAGCCAGGCGCACCGUUCGCUUCCUACCCGGCUCCCUCGGGCCAGUCGAUGCUGACCAGGCCUAUGAUGGGGGGUCCUCCCUCCCACACCCCUCCACAGUCCGCCAGCCCUGGUCCUAGGCCGCCCCCUGCACAGGCCACACCUCCUCCCUCGAUGUCUUCUAGUAGCUACUACACAAACCCCCAGCAGACCCCGGCAUGGCAGUACAACACAGCUCCUCCACCGAUGGGGGCUCCCACUUCCAUUAGCACGCCUCCCCGAGGCCCGGCGCCCCCCCACGUAAGCCCAACUGCGAGCUCGACAGGGUCGUCAACGGCUUACAGCCCUGCAGCACCACCCCCUCAUGUGUCCCAUGGUGUCACCCAACCGCCGGGCCCGCAGAUGCACCGAACCCCUCUGCACGGAUACCCCCCGCCAGGUUCUGGCCCCCCAUCAAUGGCUCCCAUGGCUCCGCACACAUACCAGCCAAACAGAGCUCCCUUUGGGCCCCCACCCACAGGCCCACUACCAUCUAUGAAUCCAGCACCCCCUCCCAUGGGACCCCCAAUGGCCCACGCAUCACCCCAACCCCCCAAGGCAGACGCUCAGUGCGGGGGUGCCGCUAACAGCACCCUCCCCCCCACUGAGCACGACUGCCAGGAGGGUGACAUUGAAUGUCCAGGGACCGGCCCACAAGCAACAAACAGCUUCAAUCAUGUUGACAACAGAAUGGGCGGCUCGCCUCAGCCCGGCCCGCCCGGUCGGCACUUGGGGGGCCACUACCCCACCCUCCCCCCCGGGUACCAGAACGCUGCGCCCCCCCCAUCUGCCAUGCACCCCGCCAUCCAGGCCGCCACGCAGCCUUACAGUCAGGCCCCUCAGCCGUACCAGCAGCCACUUGGGGGCCCAGGUCCGGCCCAGCUCAGCCCGUCCCUGGCGGCCAUGAGCCUGCAGUCCAGCACCCCCGAGGCCCUGAGGGUAGUCAACCUGCUGCAGGAGAGGAACCUGCUGCCGCCGAUCCCGAUCCCCCCCCCAACCCCCUGCCUCCAACAGGAACUGCAGAAGAUCAACUGCAACCCCGAGGUGUUUCGUAGCACGCUGACCAGCAUCCCUCAGACCCAGUCGCUGCUCAACAAAGCCAAGAUGCCUCUGGGCCUGCUGCUGCACCCCUUCAAAGACCUCUCGCAGCUUCCUGUGGUGACGUCCAGCACCAUUGUCAGGUGUCGCUCCUGCAGAACCUACAUCAACCCAUUCGUGUCCUUCCUGGACCAGAGGAGGUGGAAGUGCAACCUGUGCUAUCGGGUCAAUGACGUUCCAGAGGAGUUUAUGUACAACCCGGUCAGCAGAUCGUACGGAGAGCCUCACAAGAGACCCGAGGUGCAGAACGCCACCAUCGAGUUCAUCGCCCCCUCUGAAUACAUGCUGAGGCCGCCGCAGCCCGCCGUCUACCUCUUCAUCCUCGACGUGUCCCACAACGCGGUGGAGACGGGCUACCUGAGCGUCUUCUGCCAGUCGCUGCUGGACAACAUCAACGGGCUGCCCGGCGACUCGCGGACGAAGAUCGGCUUCGUCACCUUUGACAGCACCAUCCACUUCUACAACCUCCAGGAGGGGCUCUCUCAGCCUCAGAUGCUCAUCGUGUCCGACAUCGAUGAUAUCUUUUUACCAACACCGGACAGCCUUCUAGUAAACCUCAACGAAUGCAAAGAACUGGUGCAGGACCUGCUGAAGAGCCUCCCCACGUUGUUCCAGAAGACCAUGGAGACCCAGUCUGCCCUGGGUUCGGCCCUGCAGGCGGCCUACAAGCUGCUGCUGCCCACCGGCGGGCGCAUGUCCGUCUUUCAGACCCAGCUGCCUAACCUCGGGGUGGGGGCGCUGCAGUCUAGAGAAGACCCCAACCAGAGGGCUUCUGCCAAGGACAUCCAUCACCUGUCCCCAGCCACUGACUUCUACAAGAAGCUGGCUCUGGACUGCUCCGGGCAGCAGGUGGCAGUGGACCUGUUCCUGCUCAGCUCUCAGUACUGCGACCUGGCAUCGCUGGGUUGCAUAUCCAGGUACUCAGCAGGGAGCGUCUACUACUACCCCUCCUACCACCACCAGCAUAACCCCGCCCAGGUGGAGUGCUUCCAGAAGGAUCUGAAGAGGUACCUGACCAGGAAGAUCGGCUUCGAGGCCGUCAUGAGGAUACGCUGCAGCAAAGGUAUGUCCAUCCACACGUUCCACGGGAACUUCUUUGUGCGCUCCACGGACCUUCUGUCCCUCCCCAACGUCAAUCCCGACGCCGGCUUCGCCGUGCAGAUGUCUAUCGAGGAGAACCUGGACGACAUGCAGAAUGUCUCCUUCCAGGCCGCGCUGCUGUACACGUCCAGCAAAGGAGAAAGGAGGAUCCGUGUCCACACCUUGUGUCUCCCGGUGGUCAACUCUCUGUCAGACAUCUUCGCUGGAGCUGAUGUUCAGGCCAUCACUGGCCUGCUGGCUUGCAUGGCUGUGGACCGCUCGGCGACGGCCAGCCUGAGCGACGCCAGAGACGCGAUGACCAACGCCGCCAUCGACUCGCUGACGUCGUUCCGCCAGUCGGUGCUGAGCAUCCAGCAGCCCGGCCUGCUGGCGCCCGCCUGCCUCCGACUCUUCCCCCUCUUCAUCCUCGCGCUGCUCAAACAGAAAGCCUUCAGGACGGGCACCAGCACCAGGCUGGAUGAACGCUUGUUCGCCAUGUGUCAGCUGAAGUACCAGCCGCUGGUCUACUCCAUGCUGAUGAUCCACCCGGCUCUGUACCGCGUGGACAACCUCAGUGACGAGGGCGCCCUGAACAUCAACGAGCGGACCGUCCCACAGCCCCCGCUGCUGCAGCUGUCCGUGGAGAAGCUGAGCAGGGAGGCUGCGUUCCUCAUGGAUGCCGGAACGGUGAUGUAUCUGUGGGUGGGACGGAGCUGCCACCCGGGCUUCCUCACGCAAGUCCUGGGAGUCGCCAGCUACGCCGCCGUGCCCGACAACCUGUAUCUGCUCCCAGAGCUGGACACCGCCGAGUCGCAGAGAACCAGAGCUUUCAUCGGCUGGCUGAGGGACCAGAGGCCGUUCUUCCCCCCCCUGCAUGUCAUCAGGGACGAGAGCCAGCUGAAGCCCAUGUUCAUGCAGAACAUGAUCGAGGACCGGACGGAGUCAGCCCUGUCGUACUAUGAGUUCCUGCUCCACCUCCAGCAGCAAAUCUCCAAAUAAUCGUGUGCGUGCGUGUGUGCGUGUGUGUGCGUGUGUGCGUGUGUGUGCGUGUGUGCGUGUGUGCGUGUGUGCGUGUGUGUGCGUGUGUGCGUGUGUGCGUGUGUGCGUGUGUGCGUGUGUGUGCGUGUGUGUGCGUGUGUGUGUGUGUGUGUGUGUGUCCUUCUCCACCAUCUCAAAAGAAAUCUGAACUCGUUACUUAAAUCAUCCAACGGGAGGAAGGAGCCAACGAGGCCACGUUUUGAAGGAGUAAUGAGAGGGGGGGGGGGGGGGUCUAAGAUGGUGUUUAUGUACGUCAAAGAUUGAAUGAAUCAGUGUUUAUUCUCGUAGAACAAUGCUGUCUUACUGAUCCUUCAGAUUGGGCCCACACAAACUGAAGUGUAUUCGGUCUUUUACUAGAACCCGCGGUGUGUGAUUUGCGUUGGGAUGUCUGCACUUAAGACUGUUAAAGAGCGUCACAUGACCUCCAGCGACUCCUCAUAUCCAACCCAAGGACAGGACCUGUGCGCCGUUUUUUUUUUUUCUUUUCUACAAGUUUCUCAGUCAUUAUAAUUGUGUUGAAGAAAAUAUUAAUCUGUAGACUUUUGUUGAAUGUGUGGAUUUAUCGAUCCGAUGUUUUCUUCACAAUCUCAUCGUUUGAUUUUUUUUUUUUUUUUUUUUGGA